GCCAACUAUUUCCGAUGUCAGAGGACACAAGCAUGUCCGCCGCCCGAUGUGGAUAACAUUUAUGUCUCAAUGUUAACUUCUUAACGCAGCUUUCAGACGCAAAAACGCCGCAAUUCACCGUUUCACUCACCGACUAACAACCUGCACCUGCACCGACAUGUUCCAGGUACUCGGCGGGAGGAGCGUCCAGGCUGCCCGGCUCCUCGCACCCAGGAGCGGCGUGCUCGUCGAGGCUGUCCGCGGAAGAAAGUCCCGCACCGACCCGGUGGCCAAGUCCAAAGUGGGGCGAAUCAAAGUGCCUUCCUCGGUCGACCCGGUGGAGAUGGUCGUCCUCAAGGAGAGAUACUCGGAGUACCAGCUGUUAAUGAGCGCGCUUCGUCUGGAGUUUAAGGAGGAAGUGCUUCAGAGGAAGUACGAAGAGGAGACGGGCUCCCUGGCGGAGGAGCGAGCGAGGCAGGAGGUGGAGGAGCAUCGCGCCCUCAUGGACUGGAACGACCGGGAGAACCUCCGCCUGCUCAAACUCAGGAUAUUGAGGGUCCAGAAGGAAAAGGAGGAAGCUGAGCGCAAGCAGUUAGAAGCUGCCAUCAAGCAGGAACAAGAACAGCAGGAAUACAUCAAAGAAAAAGAGAGAGAGAUAUUACAGUUGCAGGAGGAAGCAAAGAACUUCAUCACCUUGGAGAACUUGGAUCAGCGUAUCGAAGAGGCUCUGGACAAUCCAAAGAAUUACAACUUCGCCCUUAACAAAGAAGGGAGAGUUGUUAAAAAGACGAUACUGCAAUGAAACGCCGCGACGACACCACUUCAGUUUGGAGUUUGUUUCAGACUCGCGACACCGAAAAACAUUCAGUGUGAGAAUGUAAUCGCGCCUGUUGGGACUAAGAAAUACCUGAGGGCGUUUUCAUUAGCAGGUAGAAGUUUGAGCUUGAGGUCGGAAUGAGACCACGUUUCCGUCUGUAUCUGGACGUGUGAUGGACAGUUUGAACCACGAGGCCACGCUGUCUUUUGUUUUUCAUGUUUGUGCUUCAUUUUCAGUCACAUUUGAUCUGUAUCGUCAGCCCAACAUGUUCUUUUACUCAUUACUGUCUUCUCAUGAUGUGUAAUGUAUAUAAAGUAAAUUAAUGUUUAUCUGAGUUUCCACUGAAA